AUGGCCCCAAGCCUUCUGCUGGAGCCAGAGGCGCAAUCGCCCUCCUUCUCUCUCCCAGCCAGAUCGUCCUCAAAAACGGAAGGCGCGAACUCAUUUGAAGCACAUGCGCCCGUUGGUGGAAGCUAUUCAUUCGGAGGUUCUUCAGCCGCAGGCAACGGUCAAGCAAACGGCGGCCAGAGCAACGCAAGCAGUCAUGGCUUGCCCACUCGGCAGAGGCCUGGGAACGACUUCGUCACCUCCCAGUCCCUCCUCCAACAGUCACAGGCCUAUGCAACACAGAGCCAGGCAACCAAUGGAUCGCCCAAGGCGCCCAACAUCCUGUACAUCAUGGCCGACCAAAUGGCUGCUCCGCUUCUCAAGAUGAACGACCCGAAUUCAGUCAUCAAGACACCACAUCUUGAUGAGCUAGCUAAGACGGGAAUCAAUUUCGCGAGCGCCUACUGCAACUCACCGCUGUGUGCUCCGUCCAGGUUCACUAUGUGCACGGGUCAGUUGCCAUCCAAGAUCGGUGGGUAUGACAACGCCUCCAUCCUUGGCCCUGAAGUUCCUACCUAUGCACACUACCUCCGACGCGAGGGCUACGAGACGGCACUUGCCGGAAAGAUGCACUUCAUCGGUCCUGACCAGCUUCAUGGAUUUGAGCACAGGCUUACCUCCGACAUCUACCCUGGAGAUCUCGGAUGGGCAGUUAACUGGGACAAGCCUGAAGAGAGACAAGAGUGGUACCACAACAUGUCCUCAGUCAUGCAGGCAGGCCCAUGCGUUCGGUCAAACCAGCUGGAUUACGACGAAGAUGUCAUGUACAAGGCUCAGCAAUAUCUCUAUGAUUACGUUCGGUCUGACCCAGAGACGCGUCGGCCAUUUGCUCUGACCAUCUCCCUCACUCAUCCUCAUGACCCGUACACCAUGAUCCAGGAGUACUGGGACCGCUAUGAGGGCGUCGAAAUUCCUCUACCUGAUGUGGAGAUACCUCAGGAAGAGCAAGAUCAGCACUCUGAGCGUCUCAUGAAGACCAUCGAUCUGUGGGACAACCCGGUUCCCGAUGAGGCCAAGAUCCGUGCCCGACGUGCGUACUUCGCCGCAUGUAGCUUUGUCGAUGACCAGGUUGGUAAGCUUGUGCGUUUGCUCAAGAACUGCUACCUCGACAAAGAUACCGUCAUCGUAUUUUCGGGUGACCACGGCGAUAUGCUAGGCGAGCGCAGUCUCUGGUACAAGAUGUCGUGGUUCGAGAACAGCGCGCGGGUACCCAUGAUCAUCAACUGCCCGGCCAAGUUCGAGCCCAAGACAGUCAAAGAGUCCGUGUCUACAAUGGAUCUCCUUCCAACGUUCAUUGACCUUGCUGGCGGCGACGCUUCGGCCAUUCUGCCCAUCGACGGUGUCAGCCUCCAUGAGUAUCUUGUCUCUGACAAGCCUGGAAAGGAUGAAGUCUUUGGUGAAUACAUGGGUGAAGGCACUGUUACUCCCACUUACAUGAUCCGACGUAACCAGUGGAAGUAUACAUGCUCUCUGGUCGACCCUCCACAACUCUUCGAUUUGGUCAACGAUCCUAAGGAGCUUGUCAACCUUGCUACCUCUGCCAAGUCACACCACCAGAAGGUUUUUGCCGACUUCGAGGCUGAAGCCCGGGAGAAAUGGGACUUCCAGCAGAUCCACCAAGCUGCCCUCAAGAGCCAGCGUAUGCGUCAAAUCGCUUGGAGUGCCCUGCAGAUUGGUCGUCAGGAGUCUUGGGACUACCAGCCUCCCUACAACGACAAGAACCGGUUCAUCCGUUCCCAUAUCCCCUUGGACGACCUCGAGCGCCGUGCUCGUUUCCCCGUUGUCGACCACCUUGGUCGCGAACGAACGGCAGGUGCGAGCCACCAUGGCAUCGCCGGUGCCUUCGGCGAGUGA